CACACACACAAGGCGAGCGAGCUUUUCUGCUUGUCGGACUUCAGAACAUCAGUAUUUCAGCGGUCUCUGGCAAGCUACACCAUGGAGUGCAUUGAUCGAAGUCUGACCAGUGACGUUGGACUGGCGAAAUCAACAUAGGCUACGUCUUCCUUUCGAGUCGAGGGGGUCACCAGAAGGAUCUCAUUUGAGGAAGGAUUCCUGUGUUUAUGGAUGCGAUUGCGUAAUGGCAACAACAAAGAUGAAACUGCGGGUCCGAAAAAAGCCUGCUGCCAGUAGCAUCGCUCAAGCCAUGUCUGCAGAGGCCUCGCCUGACUCUAAAUGCCCCAUAUGCCUGGACAAGUUCAAAAACAUGGCUUAUCUUGACCUGUGCCUACACAAGUUCUGUUUCCGUUGCAUCCAUGAGUGGUCUAAAAACAAGGCAGAGUGCCCCCUAUGCAAACAGCCGUUCAACUCAAUUUUUCACAGCAUUAAAGCUGAAAAUGACUUCAAAAAGUAUGACCUGCGUCCCACUGAAAAUGGUUCGUUACGAAAUCUGGGAGGCCAGAGAUUCAGAUAUCGCACUACUGUGACUGGAGAACGCAGGCGGCCACAGCGGAGGACAUCCCCCCCACCUGAUAACGGAGUCAUGUUUGAGAACCUGACCGCUCCUGCGUCCCCUCGACAGGACAGGAGCCUUCACCGGAUGAUGAUGAGACUGGCAGCCAGGCGAAGGGCUGAAAACGAGGGCAGGGCAAUGCGAGCUCUCCAGGAACAAGAACUGAUUAAGUUCAGACGUGCCCUUUACCGAAGAGGAGUGCGUGUUCGGAGUGUAAGGGAUAAUGGACGCACCCGGGACACAUCAGCAGAGUUUUUCCAGAGAAACCCAGCUUGUCUUCACCGCCUAGUGCCUUGGCUGAAGCGUGAGCUGACCGUGCUGUAUGGUGCACAUGGCUCCCUUGUUAGUAUUGUCCAACACAUCAUUAUGUCACAGAUAACCAGGUACAACAUGGAAGAUGAUGCUAUUGUACAGGAGCUGAGGCCUUUUCUUCAGGCCCGUACUGAGCAUUUUGUGCAUGAGUUCAUUAAUUUUGCCCGCUCUCCUUACAACAUGGAAGCUUAUGAUCAGCAUGCUGCCUAUGACUGCCCAGCCCCUUCUUCCGAGGAAGACGGCAGCUCGACCUCGUCAGUAAUUGCCAUCUCAGAGGAUGAGGAGGACUUUGUGGGUUUGAACUCCAACCCCAACUCCCUGACUGGCAGCACACUAAGCCAGACUCCAUGGGAUGAUGAGACGCCUGGGCCCUCGUAUUCUACAGAGCCUGCCCAGAACUUGGCUGUGUCAGUCAGAGACUCCGACUCUGAAAGCAGUGUGGAGGAGGCUCAAAGGCCUGUGACGACAGAACAAGCACCUGCAGUUACAGCUGAUGCAUCUGCACAGACCAAGGACCAUUAUUCCUCAGGAGAGGAUGACUGCCUCGUUGUGGGCUAUGUUAAGCCGAUGGCUGAACGAACACCAGAGCUGGUACAGCUUUCGUCGGACUCGGAGGAGUCUGUAAAGGAUGAAAGUACGUCAGCCCCCAAACAGCUACAACACACAGCCCCCAAACUGCCACAACACACCCACUUUCACUCGGAGCCCAACUCUCCAGCCUCUGUUGGCUCCUCGUCAUCUAAGCCCAAGCCCACACAGAGAGAAUCUCCGACACAGACUGCUGCGAUAGAAAGUGCCAGGAAUACACCUGAAAAGGUGAGGAAUCCUUGUUCCCGUGAGGCAUCCCCAUCAUCAGAGCAGCGGACUAUGUCAAACCUGGCUCUUAGCAGACAUAAAAGAUUCGAAGAUCAGGUGGACAGAAGACAUCAGGUGCAGGACCCCUCAAGAUCACGAUCUGGCUCCUGGUCGAGGUCUAGGAGUCAUGACCGCUCAUCCCACAGCAGCAGGCGGCGCUCCCGGUCACGCAGCAGAGACCACUACAGAGAGGGCGGCCAUCUAGACAGGAGACGUGACAGACAGGGGGGUGAUCACCCCGGUCGUGGCCGAGAGGCAGCCUCACAUGCUUACCACUGGCACUCAUACAGCCACUACAGCUGUGAAAGGGACAGAAGCCGAAAGCACUACACAGAAAAGCGGUCAUCUUACACCAGCUAUUAUGUCAGCCCAGACCGCCACUCACACCUUCAAUCACGGAGUCGGAGCCACAGUGGAGAGUCUCACUGGCGGGAAAGGAGACGCUCCCGAAGCCGUUCUAGCACCGAAUCCGCGUCUUCCCACAGGAAGUCCAAGCAUGAGAAGCCUGGGGGAAAGAGGAAGUACAAAACGCGACACCUGGAGGAGCCAGUGCCCAACAAUGGAGCAUCAAAGCCACAUGGAUCUGCAGAAGAUGUCGAAAAGGAGAAAAAGUCAAGUAAAGAGAAACACCGGAAAAAGUCAAGAGACAGGAGCGCAAAGAGAAGCCCAAGUGUAGAAAUUGUGUAUGAAGGGAGGUCAGGAGAUCAAACCAGGAGGCAUCACAAAAAAAAGAAGAAGCAUAAGAAGAAGAGCAAAAGACAUCGGAGCAGGGAUCGAUCUUCAAAACAUUCACCUGUUGUAAUAACUAUUGACAGUGACAGCAAUCAUGCCACAGAUUCCAAAGACUUCUGUGUCCCCAUUGGCAGUAACAGUGACAUUGAUGAUCCCAUUCCAGACCUUUCCCCUAUAGUUUCCUCCAACAAUCCCACAGAAAGCUGCUUGUUAGACUCGAUACUACAACACUGGGAACAGCAGUUUCCCUCCGUCGGUCAACAUGUUGGAACCAAUGUAUCAACUGAACCACCUGACCCUCUGACAGGUGAAGCAGACCCAGUUACAAGUCAGUCAAAUCCGUUGGGUGACUCACUAAAUGCCUUGAUCAGCCAACCAGAUCCCAUAACGCAGACAUGUCCAUUGACUAAUCCGACAGGGUACUUCACUGAACAGGACACAUUGCAGGACACACCAACUCUUCCAACUAAUCCAUCUCAUCUUUUGACAAGUGAACCUGAAUCUAUGAUUAUACAGCCAGAUGUACCUGCAAAAGGGACUGAUGGCUACACUGGGUUGUUAGAUACCUUGGUUUGUCCACCCACUCCGUUUACUGAUCCACCACAACCCUGUACAGAUGAACCCAGUUCAGAUGACCAGAGUCCAGCCAGAGCUACUGGUACAACAGUCAGACCAUCUCCUUAAUUUAAAAAAAAUCCCUCAACUGAGCCACAAAGUCCUGUCACUGACCCAUCAGACAAACAAGGGUGUGUAAGUGGGAUGUGAUGUGCCACUUCAUGAUGACUGUUAAAUGUAGCUCUCUGCUCCUAAUGUGAAGGACACUUUGGGAGCAACAAAGGACGUUAAAAAUCAAGGGAGUCGCUGUAGCCGAGAGAAUUUAAAGGUGGUGCUUUCUGCCCUUGUAGUAGAAAGGUAUUUUGGGCCGCCAAAAAUUGUGCUGUAAAGACCCAUGCGUGAUUUUAUAAUGCACCGUUUAUGCAUUUUAUGUUAAACUGAUCCACUCUCAGGGAAAAUGGGUUGACGCUGUUGACUUAGCUUUUAUAAAUCUUAUUGACCAAACUCCCUGCUGCUCUUGGAUUCUUGGAUUUUAUUGACUCUUGUCUUGACAGUGUUUUAAAUUGGACUUCUACUUUGGAAACUUGUGAGGACUCCUACCUGAGUUUGUUCGGUCACAUGUGAGUUACAAUAAAUGUGCAGAAUCCAGUUUUAA